GAAAGCGAAGGAACCUCACUGCGACAUGGAGACUGGACCUAAGUCGGAGCAGAAAUAAUGGCCUGGCAAGUGUACGGAGAGAGGAUGUGAGUAUUGAUUAGAAAAGGCAUGAUUUCACGGCUGUCGAAAUGCCCGAAGUCCAAGAAAAGGAAACGAAGAAAAGAUCAGAUGGCUCAGCAAGCCAAAACAAAGAUAGCCUGCAAGCGGAGAAGAAGGAAUGGACAGAAUUGGAAGUCGUUGGAUCUGUGCGAAACGUUAGUCCUAAACUAUGGACGUUCACUCAUCUCGUUGCUUUGUACCUGAAUAAUAAUAUGCUAACGAAAAUCCCUCCUGAGAUAUCAAUGCUAAGUAGGUUACAGAAACUAGAUUUGUCAAAAAACAAGAUAAGAACACUUCCAGUCGAAGUUGGAGACAUGAUAGAGUUAAGGGAAUUGAAUCUGAGAGGGAACCUUCUUCGGAUAUUACCUAAUGAAGUAGGCAGGCUAUUUCAACUGAAGGCUCUUGGAUUGCAAGGAAACCCUUUACCAGCAGAAUUUCUGUCAAUGGUUGAAGAAGUAAAUGGAGUUGAAAAGCUCUUGACGUGGUUGCUCGAUAACGUAACGGUAUGUCCAAGACCUCCUGAUAGACCCUGGGUGCAGUUGGUGCCGGAAAUAUCAAAAGAUGGAUAUAACUUCACAGUGAUGUCCUAUAACAUCUUGUUUGAAAAAUAUUGUACAAGUCAGCUGUAUGGCUAUUGUCCUUCAUGGGCAUUGAGCUGGGAUUAUAGAAAGGCAGAGAUUUUAAAAGAAAUUAUACAGUAUCAUGCUGAAAUAGUCAGCUUACAGGAGAUAGGCACUGAUGCAUUCAACACCUUGUUCAAACCUGAACUAAAGAAACACGGCUAUGAUGGCAUUUUCAGUCCAAAGUCUAGAGCUAAAACAAUGCCUGAGGAAGACAGAGGCUGGGUUGAUGGUUGUGCUAUUUUCUGGCAUACCAGCAAGUUUCAACUGCUUAAAGAGCAUCUAGUUGAAUUCAAUCAACUAGCUGCAGCACAUGCAGAGGGGUCAGAAGACAUGUUGAACAGGGUGAUGCUGAGGGAUAACAUCGGAAUCAUGGCACUUCUUGAAACGAUUGAACCGGGUGCAAAGCAGAAAUUGAUUGUCACAAAUGCCCAUAUUCAUUGGGAUCCUGAAUUUAAAGACGUCAAGCUGAUUCAAGUUGUUAUGUUAAUAAGAGAGCUAACCCGGUUUAUGCAAGACAUAUCGCCUUCAUACAACGAGUCUAGCACUGGAAAGAAUGGUCUGACAAGUCAGCCACACAUCCCAUCUCUGAUCUGCGCCGAUCUGAACUCCUUGCCAGGUUCUGGGGUGAUGGAGUUCCUCAACAACAGCAGGAUCUCGAUCGAUCAUCCUGAUUUCCAGCAUAUGUCGUACGGUGGGUUUUUAUCAAAGUAUGCAGGCUGCGAUAACGGUAUGAAGAACAACGAGCUGAGUCACCUCUACAACUUGAAACGGGCCUAUGCAGGAGAGGAAAUGAAUUUCACCAAUUUCACAUACCAUUUUACCGGCAGGCUCGACUACAUUUUCUACACGUCAGAUUAUUUGCUGCAGUUGGGAGAACUCGGCACCAUACCGGAAGAAUAUUUUAAGAAGAAUAAAAUCAUUGGCUUCCCCCAUCCACAUUUUCCAUCUGAUCAUCUACCGUUGCUGGUGGAGUUCGAGUUUCUGAACACGCCGCAAGCAACACGAAACGGUCCAUCAACAUCGUCAUCGCAAAUCAUGUUUCCAAGGUAACUAGACGAAGAGCCUCCGUAUUAUUAGGAGGCAAACAUCUCCCGAGGAUAUUUGUGUAUAUGUACAUGGAGUAAUUUCAUUGCAACUGUAGAAAGAUAGGACAUGUUGUACAGAUGUAUCUUUCUGGAACAAGACUCGUAAGAUUGGAUUUUCUUUAUAAAGUACACAGUAAUAUGGAAAUGAAAAACACUGGUUUUAUCGGCAUAGUUUUACUUGUGAUUAUUCAUGUGCAGAGGAGAUGUCGAUUUUAGUCGUAUCAACUUCGUAUUCACAGAGUUGCAACAAGUUUCUCGUCUAUGAAUAUAAGAUAGAAGAUAGAACAGUAUAAAACAAAGAAAAUGAAUGCAUUUUCCGUCAACUUUAUCAAGCAUCUUGCUUUGAAAUACUUUCAAUGAAACAUAAAUUCUUUAAAAAUUUGAACCAGUUUUCACCUGUUUGGCAGGAUUUUAAAGGCCGUUAAUGCAAUAACAACUUUAAUUGUAUGUCCCUUUUUGGCGCAUAGUUCCAGCUAAAUUCAAAUGUUUUUAGAAUACAUUUUCUCUCCAAUAAACAAAAUUACUCUUAGGUGCUUUUUACGUUUAGAAGUUUUUGACAAAGGAAGAGCAAAUUCUAGAAUAUCUGUUUAAUUUUGGCCUCGGCUGACUGUCCAAGCCUCUUUUGCACUUUGUUUCUGCUUUUUAAAUCCUCAUUGUGGGAAAUGAAGCUUUUAAAACAUCUUGGGAGCUUGAAUAAAUCGUUUUCCAGAGUAAAUCAGUUUGUAUUGUCUAUUGCAUCAGCAAUGCUCUUGAUUUUGUCGUGUGUCAUUGGAAGCUUCAACUUUUCAAACGCGCUUCUGUCAACUCAAUAUUAUUGAAGAAACAGACUAGAAAGCAAUGUUUUCUAGACGAAAAGCUUUUUGCAGCUCUGGCCGACAAGUGCUUUUAAUGGAUGUAGUUCAUAGGUUAAUUUUUUUUCGUACUCUUCUGAUAACUUUUAAAAAACUUUUUGGUCUAGCUUGCAUAGUAAGAAAACUUUUUUGCUUCGACAAAAUUUAAGUUAACGAGUCUGCAAAUUGAAUUUCAUACUAUAAUGUGAUGAUCGUGAUUUUCGAUAGCAAUAGAAGCUUUUACUUAAAAACUGGUUUCCUUUUUUUGAUUUACCGAUUUUCUUUUUGAGCAUAACAGGUGCUGAAUGUCGGAACUUUUUCAAGCAGUUGAAGUUCGACGAUUCAUGAAUUUUGCUGGGCUCUUACCCUUACUACGCCAUCGAAAUACUCGCGGAAGUAUUUGUUUCAGUUUCAGGGCCAUUUAUUGUUUUGAUAAGACUACGCAAAUGACUUCUUCAUUCAAUAUUAUAAUUUGACAUUAAACGAUUGCGCCAAGCACACAGGUGUCUUCGUGAAGGAAAUCUUUCAACGACAGAUUUUUGUAAUAGGCUUGACAGAUAAAUAUGCAAAUAUGCACACGGGUUUACAGGCGUAUUUUAAUAACAUUUUUCACAUGUCAGUGUCAUGCCAAUUUGACUUGACACUGUCUUCAUACUGACUGUAACAACGGAUAGAUAUUCCAUGACACCUUUAAGAAGAGCAGUUUUCCAGGAACAAGCAGUUUUUCCAGGAACGAAAUUGAUACCUAUUUACAAAUCAAUGCAUAAAACGUGUUUAAACGUUGCAAGAUUCAACAAUGACAACUGACGUCCGCUCCAACACUCCUUCAAAUUCAGUAACUACGAUGUAUUUUCUGUACCUCCAAAGCCAUGAAAUUCACUUGUAAUACAUGCAAUUUUUACCUAUUGUGGUCUGCUUUAGAUUUAUUAGACUUUAUAACUAUUUUGGGUGUUCACAACUGUGAACUCAGGCGAGGUUUAUUGUUUUAAAGUAUUGGCAACAUUGUUAAUAACUGUAAAGAGCAAUGGCGAUAAAAUCAGAUGGAAAGAUCAGCAGUGUAGCAGCACUUGGUAAUAUCUCCGGGUGUUUAUCGCAACCAUGGGCAAAUUUAAUGUCUCGUGCUGUUCAUGGCUUUCUGUAAAGUUUUUAGAGCCGGAAAGUUCGUUCCACAAAAAGUUUUUAGAUUUAAUAAGAAUUUAUAAAAAAAACUUUUCGCGAUAUAUGAGCAUUACUCGUAAAACCCAUAUUUCUAAUUAUCUUGUUUUGAUCUAAAAGGGUAAUGACAAAAGCAAACAUCUGCUUGCUGGAGUCUGUGUUCUUUGUUUCGGUUUUAGGAUAACUUUAUCGCCAUUGCUCUGAUUUUAAUAGACUGGUGUAUCUGGAAUAGGCCCGUCUGUUUUGUGUACUUUGUUACGUUAAGGUAAAUUCUUUUGUUUUUUGCUCUUGUACACUUAAUAUUGACAUCAGAUAGUAGAAGUGUUUCAUUAAUUAUGUUCUCAAUUGUAAUCUCUAUUAUUUGGCUAUGAAAAUGCAAUUUUCUCGCUUAA